UCUCUGCUUCUCCUUACAAAGCGCACGUUAACCCUAGCCUCGCUGCCUGCAACUCCGUCUCCGCAACAAUGCCGCCGAAGUUCGAUCCAACUCAGGUUGUCGAGGUCUUCGUCCGCGUCACCGGCGGCGAGGUCGGAGCCGCCAGUUCGCUCGCUCCGAAGAUCGGUCCACUCGGUCUCUCCCCGAAGAAGAUCGGUGAGGACAUCGCCAAGGAGACCGCCAAGGACUGGAAGGGCCUCCGCGUCACCGUCAAGCUCACGGUUCAGAACCGUCAGGCCAAGGUCUCCGUCGUACCCUCCGCCGCCGCUUUGGUCAUCAAGGCGCUCAAGGAGCCCGAGCGCGACCGGAAGAAGACUAAGAACAUUAAACACAACGGGAACAUCUCCCUCGAUGACGUCAUCGAGAUCGCCAAGGUCAUGCGGCCCCGCUCCAUGGCCAAGGACUUGACUGGCAGCGUUAAGGAGAUUCUCGGGACGUGUGUAUCCGUCGGGUGCACGGUAGAUGGGAAGGAUCCCAAGGAUUUGCAGCAGGAGAUUGCUGAUGGAGAGGUGGAGAUUCCUCAGGAUUGAGAGAAUCUUCGGUUUCAGGGGAUUUAAACUCUUAGUUUUCUUGAAUCCCAUAUUAUUAUUUACGAGAAUUUUUGCUGGGAAAAAUGUGGUUUUCUAAUGUUAAGACUUCAGUAGGUUCUUUUUUGUUAUAUCGAAAUGUUUUCUGAGUAUUGUUAUCUUUAAUGAUUUUAUUUUGUUUACAUUGUUGAAUGAUGCCUUUCCUCGAAUUGAAACA